CCAACCUGCUGUCUUUCAACCACUUUGAGAAGCUUUUCUUCAUCCCUACAACAUCUUUUUCUCUCUCCCUCUUCCGUUCCCUAUGGGGCGCGUUCUCAAGCGCCUGUGUUUGGGAGCAAAUGACAGGAGGAUGGGGGGCGGAGUGGAUGGGCGCCUGAUUAGUGCUGUGCUGUUUUUUGAUGUGUAUUAUCAUACUUGAACAAACAGCUCUUACAGAAAAUGCAGACUAGAAGUAAUUUUCCGGCAUCGUUUUGGCGCCCCUCUAGUGCAGCGCCCAUAUGCGCCGCAUACGCUGCAUACCCCCUUUUUGCGCCACUGGUGGUAGGUACACGCAGUGAAGUGCAAUCCAAGGAAAAAUCCCCGCUCACUUCCCGCACUCCUAUAAAACGGGAAUCUUUCUAUUUUAAAACUAUAACAGUGGUCCCGUUUCUUUCAAACAUUGACCACUGAUGAAUUAUGGACAAGCAGUAGUUGUAGGAAGGCGAGUUUCGUGGAAUUUAAAUCACCAAAAAGAGCAUCGUUGAAAUCCUGUCGGUGUGGAGUGGACAUAUCUAGGGGAAAGGAGGAAGGGCGUAACGUGUCUGAAUCGGACGGACAGAUUCUUUCAACGCUUUCAGUUCAUUUCUUGCAAUGGAAAAACCGAGUUCUUCCUAUUUCCUGUCUCUCCCUGAAGCUUCGCUCUUCCCCUUUUCUCUAAGGAUGUGAUGACGCAGCUGCACAUAUAGUUACAUUCAUAACUGGGCUUUUAGUGUUUUUUUAGUGUUUUUGUCUCUGAUGACUGUUCGACUCACCUAUCUGCUCAUGAACUGUCGCCGUUUAUUUUACAUCCGGGUUCUGGAAGACGACCUUAAUAAGCAUGACUCACGCCAAGCAUCUAAAAACUGAACUGCGGCAGCUGGAGUGUCACUUCACUUGGGAGCUGAAAAAAGAGGAUACAGAUAUCACUGAUCUUCUAAACAGACUGGAAGAGAAUAUCAAGAUAAAUCUUGGUGGGAAAGCAGGGGUUGCACAAACAUACAACUCAUUAGCAUUCGUGAAGUACCUCCUAGGGUUUCCUACAGAAGCUCUCAGCUGCUUACAGAAAUCUGAGGAGCUCACCAAAGAGCACCAUGAGAAUGACUGUGAUAAGUGGCUCAUAGUCACCUAUGGAAAUCUGGCCUGGCUACAGUACCACAUGAAAUCUUACGCUGAAUGUGAAAGCUACCUGGAGAAGCUCAGAGACAUUGCUGAGAGAUUCCCAAUGGAACCUGCUUCUGCUCAUCAUGAAGUGCUUGGUGAAAAGGCCUGGGCCCUGUUCAAGUUCUCUCGAGAGAACUAUGAAAGAGCUAAAGAGUGCUUCAGGAUGGCCUUGGAGUUGGAGCCAAAUGAGGGUGAAUGGAAUGCUGGUUAUGCCAUCGUUCUGUAUCGCACAGAAACUGAGCCAUCCAAUCCAACAGAUUCACCCACAAUUAAGCAGCUGAGACGAGCCAUUGAAACUAAGCCAGGCGAUGAUGUUCUUAAAGUUCUGCUGGGUCUGAAACUGGCCACUUACAAGAAGUACAAUGAGGCUGAGAGCCUAAUGGAGAAAGCAUUAGAGAACUCUCCAGAGGAUCCACAUGUGAUCCGUUAUGUUGGGAAGUUUUUCCGGAACCAAGGCUCUGUGGAGAGGGCCAUCGCUUUGUUGAAGAGAGCACUGGAAAAGACACCUAACUCAAGCUUCAUACAUCAUCAGCUAGCACUCUGCUACAACAGAAAGAAAACCAAUCUAUUUCAAACACAAAGCCUACGCAGCAAGGGAGCUGAAAUUCAGAGGCUUCGUAAUCAGUGCAUCUGCCAUUUAGAGAUGGCCAUCACAUUGAAGCCCUCCUUCAUUUUUGCUAUGAGUGAGCUGGCUCUGCAGUAUGGAGAGAACCACCAUAUCUUCAAAGCAGAGGAGCUGUUUCAGACUACGUUCCAGACAGCUGAAGAAAAAAAAUAUGGUUCUCAGGUAGUUCAUUUUCAUUAUGCACAAUUCCAACAGCACAGUAAGAAAUGUGAGUCUCUGGCCAUCAAACACUACAUGGAAUGUCUGAAGAUGGAUCCAGGUACAUCUGAAGGAAAGAGAAGUGCUGGAAGCCUGAAAAGCAUUGCUGAGAGAAAAAUCGGCAGAAAUCCGAAGGAAGCAUUUGGAAUACUGGGAUUCAUCCAUAAGGAAAAGGGAGAGAAACGCCAGGCCAUAGAGUGCUAUGAGAAAGCUCUAAGCUAUGAAAACAAUGAAGAGUACCUACAAAAUCUUUUUCAUCUUAGACUUUCCUUAGAAUAACAGAACUUGGCACCUCACAUAUCCAAAUAGUCACAUGAUGAUGAUGAUGAUGAUCAGCAUUUCUUUAUAAUUUUUCUGUUCAAAGAAAUCUUUGAAAUGUAUGUUAAAUACAGUUUGACUCUAUAAUAAAGGUGCUGCUAAAAGUGCA